UAAAGUUUAAAAAUUUUCAAAAUUAAAAAUAAAAAAUUUCAAAAUAAAAAAAAACUAUUUUGAUCAUUUUCUUAAUUGAGAGCUAUUUUGUAACAAAAACUUAAAAAAGUAUUUGAAAGAAUUGUCUAUUAUAUUACUUUGACUCUAUUUUUAUCCUCGUUUUGCUCCUGGUAGAUGUUUUUCAUAUCAAACUAAACUAUCUUUUACCAAAUUUAACUGGUUAUAGAAAAAUAAUAUUUAGGCUUUAAGAGCCUAUAAUAGUAUAAAAUUCGAUUAUAUGUUCUUGUCAAAUAAAAGUCUAUUGUAAAUUAGAACUAACCAACAAAAAGGUGGUGUAGGGUGGUUGAACCGCAUGUUUUUCAUUUCAUUAUCAGUUAAGAAAAGCAUGUAUAGUAUAUAAAAUGUGAGAGUUUCGUAACUAUACUAUUAAAAAAGAAAUAUUAUAUAUAUUUAUACAAAGUUAUUGCACUUUUUUAUUAGAUUACUAAUUUUUUGGUUUUAUUUUUAAACUAACAAUAUAUUAUCGUAUAUUUCUCUAACAAUAUUUACCUUAAUCAGUAAAAAAUAUAUAUCAACAUUAAUAAAAUAUAUUUUUUCUAAUAUUUACUCCUACAAUAUCGGUAUCUAACAAACUAAAUUAUAUAGUUUUAAACAUAUUAAUUUUUUCAAUAUAAUACUAGCUUUGUAUCAUAAAUAUAUAACAAUUUCAAAAUACGUAUUCAUAUUAAAAAAAUUAUAUUCAAAAAAAUCUGCAUUUACGAACCAAGGGUCAAAAUUUAGUGAAAGACAUGUUAGAUAUAUUUUUUCUUUUUAUGAACCACAUUUGGAUUGCAUGUUCAACCAUCCGAAAUAAUAGAGUUCAAAUAUGAUCCAUGAAAGAGCUCACAUGUUUUAGAAAAAAAUCGCAUAGACGUAGAUGCAUUAAUGCAUGUUUGAGUGAUGUCGUAUUCCAUAAAAUCUACCAGGACACCCGGACUAUAGAAAAUUUGUUGAGUUUGUUGAUUAACGUAUAUGCAAAUAUUUUAUUUUAUUACGAUCCUCAUUACACUUGUAUUAUAACCUCUAUUACAUUCGUUAUAUUUCGUAUUAACUAUGUGUCGAAGAGCGGGACUUGUGGUCCAGUGGUAGUGGACAUACAUUAGAUGCAAUCACAUUCGAGAUUCGAUCAUACUACUGCGGAAACUAAGUCACAUUGUUCUACUCAUCCUGGUUGCGGAUACGUCCGUAUGAAAAUUCAGGAGAACACAUGUCGUGGGUUGCAUCGUCCACCCGGAAGUUAAGACCCGAGUUUAAUCUUUUUUUUUACAAAGAAAACUAUGUCUUGUAUAGUUUUUUUUUUAAGUUACCAAAGAAAAAAUAAUGUCUCGUAUAGUUUUCUGUCUAAUAUAAUCGUUAUGCAUCGCCUAGUCUAUAUUAUCACCAUUCGUACCUUAACAGUUUUGUGGCCUUUUGAAUGAUUGCAAGUGGCAACGAGAGAGGGGAGACAAUAAGAAUAUACAAAUAAAUAUGAUCUGAUAACAAUAAUGUUUGGCAAAUGAGAGACGUUCCGAUGCACGUGACAGUGUCUAAGCUGUUCAAAUGACAAAGUCAACAUGCUGAGAAUAACAUAACAAACCGGACGAGCAUUAACUUUGUAUAAAUAUAGAACAAGACUUUAUUUCAAUUUUCCAAAUUAGUAAUUUUUUUUUUGGUAAAAUGUUAAAAUUAUUAUAUUAAUUUUUAAAUUUGUGACAAAAAUUACAUAAAGAACAAGUAACACAAUGCGAUAAUAAAACUAAACAAUAUAUUCUAAACGGAAUGAAAUACAAACCCAAAGAUAGAAGAAAGCCAAAUUCGGACCUUAUAAAGCGAGACCAGUCGAGUACCACGAGCUACCGAAAGAAAGACGCCCUCAAACCUUGAAACAACAGCUCCUGUAACUUCCAACCACUAUGUCGAAACCAAACAUGGAAGAAGAAUUUGAACACGAAACAAAUUCAAAACAACCGACAAAUAAACUUCCGACGACACGAGAGAGAACCACCAAGGAACGAUACCGUCGUUCGUCGAGUCGUCCAGGAGAUUGCCGCCUCCGUAACCGUCCGCAACCGCAAACGCUAGCUGGAACCAGCUUUUGAAUUUAUGAAGUUUAAAUCGGUUUGGAGCGGUUUGAGCGAUUAUUGCCAAACGCCAACAACCGCUACCAACUGCAAAAGCUGCAUUUGUGGGUGGUAGCGGGAAAUCCAGUCAUACCUAAUAAAGAUUUAUUUCGCGGUUGUUAAAAUAUCGUACUUGUAUGCAUUUAAAAUGGCUAAACCACAUACUCUAAAGUAACUAGGGGUCUUCUGAUUAAAAAAUCGACAACUAAAAAUUUAGACUAUAGAUUGACAAAUGAGAAAGCAUAAUAAACUUAUACUAAUUUUAGAUAUGUAACUAAAAUCUACAUAGUUUUUUCGGCCGUAUACUACGGUGUAGAAAAUGAUCCACGAAAGAAGUUUGAAUGACCUAAUCACUAAUCAACAAACCCAAAAGAUGAGACCGUACGUGAGCAAUAACUUAACUAAAAUUAGUGGACUUUUCUGUUGGCUAGCUAACGUCAGCCAGUGGCCCUCUAUUUUGUUCAUGUAAUAAGCCAUCGGAUUUGCACGACAGAAACAAGCUUCGUAGUACAUAGAGUCUACCUCUUGUUGUCAAAAAAGGUCUACGUCUCGAAAGAUCCGAUCUCAACCACUAUAUUUUUUUUUUGUUUCAGUUUCUUCUUUAUGGUGAAGGUUUUUUUUAACAUGGAAUGUUUUUUAUGGUGAAUGUUCUUAUGAUCAAUUUUGCUAGUUAUAAUUAAAAAUAAAAUCUAUAAUACAUAAGUGGUAUUUAAAAUAAACGAUUGCAUGUGUAAUUUUUGAAACUCAAGUUCAAAUACGUAGAAGCUUUAGUCAUAAAAAAAAAACGUAGAAGCACAUAGAAAAGUGCCGUUGUACACCAAAUUCUAACGUCAAUCUCUUCUUCUUCGUAUAUAUUUUUCGUAUGCAACUUUUAUACGUUUGUACGUUAGUUUUUCGCCUAGGUUUCACAAAACUCAACAUAAAAACGGAAGAAACAAAUGAAAACCAAUACUGUAUUAUUAUUUGUAUAUGGGUAUUUGUGCACCCUUGAAAGUUCGGGUUUUCUUUUUUUGCUAUAAUCUUUUUCUUUUGGUUAUAAUCUUCAGCAAUUACAAUUUUCGGUCAAGUGGUAGAUUCCUUUUUGUCACUAUGAUUCAAGUGGUAGAUUCCUACCAGUCACUAUAAUAUAAUAACAACAAAACUUAUUUGUUUGAAAACAAAAUCUUAACAAAUGUAAACAGAAAUAAAAAGAAUACAAAAAUUAUUUAUCGAUUCUAUUUUAUUUUGGGUGUAUUAAAUCUUAAAUAUUUUGAAUAAUCUUACUUGUUGUUUUGAAGGAAAUAUUUAGUGAGAACGAUAUGUUUGUUUGAACGUAUCUAGUUUGUUGCUCAAAAAGAACGUAUCUAGUUUUGAAUCAUCAACAAUAUUAAAUGAAUAACAAAAUUAUUAAUUAUUAUCAUUCAGCACAAAUGAGGAAGUUUAUGGCAGUAAAAUUUGACCUAACUAACGUUAGUUGUGUUGAUUAUUUUGGUUAUGGCGCACGUGCGGUAACUCGUAGUGGGCUUGUUUGUAAUGUAACUACGGUAAUACCCCUACCAUGGGUCAAUCAAUUUUACAAUUAGCUAGUAGGAACGAGAAUAUUAGUAUAAUCGACUUUAAGUUUAAGUUUUACAUUUUCCUCUAUUAUAUACUCCAAUAUUUCCAAUGCAAAUUUGUUGUCAUUAAAAUCAUUCAAACUUCGCAGCUGUGAAAGCUUAGAUACAUUUAUUUUAGGGUAUUUUCCUUAGUAAAAGUGCAUUCAAUGAAUUAAGUUGGACAAACAAAAAAAAAAUGAAAUAAUCAGUGACGAAAGAGCCAACCAUGUGCAACACUAGACUUGUGUUGAACAUAACGAAGCACUUUAUUUCCAUCUCCAGUUGGCAUGUGACCUUUGACUAUUUACUAAAAAAGUUUUAAGUGCAUCUUAAAAAAUUUCCUAUAAUUAUUGCUUAUAUAUUUGAGUAGUUAAAUAAUUCAAUAAUUGGACGUUGGAGUGCAUUGUGUGUGUAAAGAUAGUGAGAAAAUAAAAGAAAAUGGUUGUAUUCGUGGGGCUGACUUUUUCAGUAACUGUUUGAGAUUUCGUAUCAGUUUGAGAUUAGAGAGGAAAAGGACUUAUCUAGAGACCGAGACAGCAGUUCAAGGGUAAUUUAGACAAAAACAAAUGAAAUAGUACAUGGACAGCACUGUAAUUACGUACGCGGUUGCUUAAUAGUAUUAAAACCUCAUAUAAUAAUUAUGAGAUCGGACGGCUGUAAACCUCCCUCUCUAAUCUCAACGGUUAUAGUUUCUGGCGUGUAUAUAAAUGAUCGUCUCCGUCAUUAGAAAAGGCUCUUUUCUUUUUCCCAAUUUCCUAUUCCUCUUCUUUCUUGAGGGUUAUUCUCUUCUCCACGGUUUAUAAAUCUUGGGCCUUAGGGCGGAAUAAAUCUGAGACCAGAUCAAUAAUCAGGUUCUCUCAGAAACCCUAGAACCCCAUCAGUAACUUCUUGCUCACUCAACCUAUUUGUGAUCAUGGAAUCAUGAGAUGAAGAGAGUGCGAUAUGAAGCUAGCUAAAAAUAUAUCAGAGUGAAAAAGGUUUUGAAAAGGAGAAAGAUUUGUAUAUUUAAUUGAGAUCUGUAAUCGAAAUAAACAUUUGAAAGUCAUACGGUCGCCAUCAUCUCUACUCUGGCUUUUCCAGAGAAACAAAAAUGGCGUCUUCAAGCUCUCCAUGCGCAGCUUGUAAGUUCCUAAGGAGAAAAUGCACACAAGAGUGUGUAUUCGCUCCAUAUUUCCCUCCAGAUAACCCUCAAAAAUUCUCUUAUGUUCACAAAGUCUUCGGUGCAAGUAAUGUCGCUAAGCUUCUCAACGAGAUUGCCGCUAACCAAAGAGAAGACGCGGUUAACUCUCUUUUCUACGAAGCCGAAGCUCGACUCCGCGACCCUGUGUAUGGUUGCGUAGGUUUAAUCUCGAUCCUUCAACAUCGGCAUAAACAGCUUCAACAAGAUCUUGAAAACGCCAAGAAAGAACUCGCUGCUUACGUUGGUCCUCAAGCUAUGCUUCCUAUUCUCCAAACGCAGCAUCAUCCUCAACCGCAUUCCAUGUCUCUACCGCCGCAGCCGCAGCGACCGUCUUCCUCCUCUUCUUCAGCGUCUGUGCUGACUCAGCAGCAGCAACUGCAUCAUAACUUGUUUCCAAUGAUGGCUAUUCCAACUGGACAACUGUACCAUCAGCAACAGCAAAAUAUUUUUGAGGCUCAGCAACUAGCUGCGGUUAAUGCGGUUGCGAGAGAGCAGCAGCAGCAGCAGAAUGAAUUGUUUAGAGCGUUUGGAGCAGGAGGAGGAAGUAACACUAGUCCAAAUCAUCAUCAUCAAAACCAACCUCAAGUUGAGGUUUUGAGGUUUGAUAAUGGUUUUGACUUUGUACCGACCGGUUCAGUUACAGUAACCGGAUUUAAUCAAUUAAGCUCCAGCGGUACAACCGUAACCGGAAUGUCACCGUCUUUGGCUCUUGGUGGUAACUUUGUUGAUAGUCCUCCCACGAAUGAUAGUUAUCAUACGGAGCAGCAAUUACAUCAUCAUCAUCAAAAGCAGCAACAUCAUGAGGCUCAGUUGUUCAUACCUACACAAUCUUCCCAACCGCUACCACUUCAAACGCAGGAGACUCAGACGCAGUCAAAUUCAGAGAGCGAGGAGGGUAGAAGGAGUAUCAUUGAUUCAUCUCGUUAGUUGAAAAAAAAAAGAAAAAAUGUUACCGCCUUUGACCUUCUCGCUUGCUCGAAUUUUCCUCAGUUGGAAACUCUGACUUUGCUCAAUGCAUUACGGACAUGAUCGAGUUCUUUCUAAAUUUGUCGCACGUCCAACAGCGAAAAGACACCCACGAUGUAAAAGUCAGCGGUAUUUGGUUGAUUUUGAGUUUUGGUGAAGAGUAUUAUAACCCAGAGGCUCGUAUGAAAUUGAACAAAUGCUCUAUACUCCAUCUAUCCCUCUGGUUUUUCAUUACGGAAACAUAUAUUAAUUUACAUUUUUCAUGUAUUUCCUAUUUUUAUUUUUUUUAUUUGUUUUGGCUUUAAAUGAAAAUGAGAAAUAUUAGUGUUUUUGGAUGCAAUUAUAUUUGUAAAUGAGAUGCUAAGAGCAGGGCACUUCUCCUAGUGGUUUAUCACAACCUAAUUUUAUAA